ACAUAAACUAGCGGACGGAGAGGACUGCUGAGUGAAAUUUACGGGAGGAAACAUCACUAAUUAUUACAAUACAUACACAAAAAAUAAGUAUAGAUUAUUUCUAGUUCUCCUGCUUGUUAGUUUGAUAUAUUUUUGUGGUGAUGUCUGCUCCUGAAGUCCAGGAAACGGUGCGAGAUAAAGUGGUGACUCAAAAGGCAAGUGGAGAUGCAGAAAUAACUUCUUCCAUCAAAGAUGAAGUUGACGCCACGAUAAAGGAUGGACCUCAAGAAAACAAUGAGAAAAAGCUGCAUUCAUGGCCACGAAUGACCAAGAAGUUCCUGAAAGACCACUGUAAGGAGAACAAACUUUACAUAACACCUCACCUGAAUGACACACUGUACCUGCAUUUCAAAGGUUUAUCCUUCAUUGAGAACCUAGAGGAGUACACGGGACUGAAGUGUCUCUGGCUGGAAAGCAAUGGGCUUCAACGCAUCGAGAACCUGGAGGCCCAGACUGAUCUGCGCUGCUUGUUCCUUCAGCAGAACCUCAUCUACAAGCUGGAAAACCUUGAACCUCUCACGAAGCUCUGCACCCUGAAUGUGUCCAACAACUACGUACACACCGUAGAGAACAUCUCCUGCCUUCCUGAGCUGAGCACUCUGCAGAUAGCCCACAACAAGCUGGAGACCGUGGGGGAUGUGGAGCAUCUGAGUCAGUGUCUGGCCAUCAGUGUGCUGGACGUGUCCCACAAUCUGUUAUACGACCCCGAGAUCCUCCUGGUGCUCGAGGCCAUGCCAGAGCUGCGAGUGCUAAAUCUGAUAGGAAAUGAGGUGGUGAGAAAAAUCCCAAACUACAGGAAGACCAUGAUUGUGCGUCUCAAGCAGCUCACCUUCCUCGAUGACCGCCCCGUGUUCCCAAAAGACAGGGCGUGUGCAGAGGCCUGGGCGGUGGGAGGGCUGAAUGGGGAGCGUAAAGAGAGGGAGCAAUGGGAAACAAGAGAGAGGAGGAAAAUUCAGGACAGCUUGGACGCCAUGGCGGAGAUUCGAAAGGCAGCAGAGGAGAGACGACGCCUACGAGAGCUACAGGAGACAGGAGCUUCCACCACUCCAGAGACUCCAUGUGAGGAAAAUUACACCCAGAUUAUGACUUCAUCACAAGGAGAUUUGAUCCAAACCUUUGUGCAGGACUGCCUGGAUGCCCAUGAUGAGUUCUUGCAGAGCCAAUUAACACAUGGGCCCAAUGAGCAUCAGGCAAACUGUGAACAUCUAGAAGCAGAGCAGCCAGGUCAAGGUAUAGGCUUCCAGAGGGAGCAGUUAGAGAAAGAUGACCAGGAGGAAUCACAGUUAGGGAAAGAUGAUGAGGAGGAAUCCCAGUUAGAGAAAGAUGAUCAGGAGGAUUCACAGUUAGAGAAAGAUGACCAGGAGGAAUCACAGAUAAAGCAGCCCGCAGAGGAGAAAGAGGGGGUGAAUCCAGAGCACUCAGCACAAAAGCAAGAAAGUAUUGGAGGAAAGAUGCUAGAGACAGAGAAAGUAGAAAAGGACAAACAACAACAAAACCAGCAGUUUAUGAGUAACAAAGUUGAGAGAGAGCAGGCAAACAUGAGUGAGAAUCAGCCUUCUCUGGUCAGGGCAGCUCCUCCUGAAGCAGGCGAUGUCGUACCAGCACAUUGUCCCGGACCACUGGUUACAGAGCUGGAGGAUGAAGACCAGCUGGAAACCAUUCACCUCCCACCUCAUCGCUCACUACGUAUUGAUGACCUGCCUGAUCUGGAGGAUGUGGACACAGCGGACUUCACGGCAAUGUUCUCAUCUUCUCAGCAAGUUUUCAAGCCUAGAAUAGAGGUCAUAUCAGGAGGCAGUGAUGAGGAGGAACCUAUCGGGAAACCGAGUGAGGGCAUCCCUACCUUUGGUCAAGAUAGAAAUUCAUUGUUCUUAAUGAGCGGCUGCAACAAAUCAACUGAGGUCUCUAACGAUUCUUCAUUAGUGUAUCCAGAAGAUGGGGAUACCUUUCAGCCACUCAUUUUUGAACCAGCAAACCAAACCUCUUCUCCACCACGCUGCCUGAUUGAGGAGCUGGAAUGAUGUUUUCAAUGUUUAGAGUAUUUUUGUCAGAUUAAAGUGACCAACUACAGUCUCACAUGUAUGUCCCAAUGCUGGCAGGCAAUAGACCCAUUCGUGUGAGAGCAUGAAAAGCUCACAAGGGCACAACUUUAUUUUUAAAAAUUAACAUUUAGCUGUUUUUAUUGUGAAAUGUAAUUCAUUGUCUGACAUGUUUCUGUUUAAGAAUUUCAAAGCCAUUUUAUUUAUAUGGUUGUUAAUUGUAACACUGUGAAAACAGAAUAAAUCGUACAUGAUC